AUCUAGUUCCUCCGGCCUUGUCCACGCCUCCGAUACAUUUAGCCUAAGCUUCUCCAAUCCUGAAGUCUGGGCAGAAUAUGCCGGAGAGCAGAGCAGCAGUGUCUGCCGAACAAGUGAAAAGCCGCAAGCAGUUCUUGGGUGAAGGCUCCUACGUCACUCCGGAGCCACGCACGCAGCCCCCGACCGCUCGGGUCCCGACACCCACGGGGAGACGGUAGAGAGCACAGCUACCGUCACUGCGUUGCUUACUCCAAAGUCGCCGGGGCCCGGCCUGAGCUCCCGCCGACGAACCCCUGAGCCCAGUGCACUCAACAGGCCUCCUCCAAUGAUUCAAAAGUCAAGCCCGGCGCUGCUACAACCUCAAGAUGUCGGAGACAGGAUGGAAACGCUUAUGUUGCAUCCGGUGAUCAAAGCUUUCCUGUGCGGCUCCAUCAGUGGCACCUGCUCUACCCUCCUCUUCCAGCCCCUGGAUCUCCUCAAAACGCGCCUACAGACUCUCCAGCCCUCGGCCCCUGGAUCCGGACGCAUCGGGAUGUUGGCUCUGCUCCUGCAGGUGGUCCGCACCGAGAGCCUUCUGGGCCUUUGGAAAGGGAUGUCCCCCUCCAUCGUGCGGUGUGUCCCCGGCGUUGGGAUCUACUUCAGCAGCCUGUACACUCUGAAGCAGUACUUCCUGCGAGGCCACCCCCCCACCGCCAUGGAGUCGGUCAUGCUGGGGGUGGGCUCUCGCUCAGUUGCAGGGGUCUGCAUGUCACCCAUCACUGUCAUCAAGACGCGUUAUGAGAGCGGGAGGUUCGGCUAUGAGAGCAUCUACGCAGCCCUGAGGAGCAUCUACCGCAGCGAGGGCCCCCGGGGCCUCUUCAGUGGCCUGACAGCGACACUGCUUCGCGACGCACCCUUCUCUGGCAUCUACCUAAUGUUUUACACCCAGACCCAAAACGUCGUGUCCCAGGACCAGUUGGAUGCAGCCCUUAUUCCGGCUGUAAAUUUCAGCCGUGGGAUACUUGCUGGUGUUCUGGCCUCCCUGGUGACUCAGCCUGCAGAUGUUAUCAAAACUCACAUGCAGCUGUCCCCGGCGAAAUUUCAGUGGUUCGGCCAGGUGGUGACGGUCAUCUUCAAGGACCACGGGCUACGUGGCUUCUUCCAAGGCGGCGUCCCCCGGGCCCUCCGCAGGACUCUGAUGGCAGCCAUGGCGUGGACAGUCUAUGAAGAGAUGAUGGCCAAGAUGGGCCUGAAGUCCUGACUGCGAGGGCACUGGGAAAAGAUGGGAUUUGUUGCCCUGCCUGGUUUCUGCCGAGGCUGCUUCAUCUCACUGUCCUGGAGUGGGACGAAGUCCUAUCUGGAAAGCCAGGCAAAUGUGUCACCUUGUUACCGAGUUCAAGUAGAGAAUAGAUGGGCCUGGCUUAAGCCUUCAGAACCUCCCAAAAGAGGAGUUACUGGUGCUGAAGCACAUUGGGCGGUUAGGAGAAGGGUCCACACACCCUGCAAGGCUACUUGAAAGCAUUUCCCCAAAGCCAGCUCGGUCAGGGGUCUCUACUGCAGCUGCCCCUUACAUCACGGUGCCUCUUUGGGUCUGUUUUUAGGCAGGGAAUCGCACAGCAGGAGAGGCUGUGGCCCACCUGCUGUGGCCAGUGGGCUCCAGCUGGGGGUGUGGGGUUUUCUGCAGAGAGGAGUCCCUGUCACCAGGCCGAAGCCCACCUCUGCAGCGACGUUAGGAGGAGAAGGAAAAGGUGUCGUCACUUAAUUGGCCCCUCACUGACUUCAUGUACGCUCUGCAGAAGGGGAGGACAGUGGCUCUAAGGGUCCCCAUAAAGCUCACGAGUGUCUUGGCCCCAGCACUGGUUCAGCUCGGAGUUCUGGCGUUUUUCUGCCACUCAAGUUUGGAUAAAUAAAAUGAAGCAUUUUUUCACUGAAAGCUGGUUGGAAAACCUACCAUUAUCACUCUGUUUUAAGACCUGGAUAGGUCCUAAAAUUUAGGACCUCACAUUUUUACACAGCUGUAUUCCACUUGUGAUCAAAUGACCCAUUUCAAGUACACGAUUCAGUGGUUCUUAGUGCUUUUACUCAGUGGUACGACCGUCACCAUAAAUCAGCUUUGGGACACAUUUCUCCCACCCUGAGAUCUCAUCCACAGCACAUCCUCCCUCUGAACCCCAGCCCCACUGAGGCAGCCACCGGUCUGCCUUCUGUCCAUGAAUUUGCCCUUUCUGAGUACCUCGUGUUAAUGGGAGUCAUGCAACACGUGGGCUCUCAUGUGUGGCAUCUUUCACUUUGCAUAGAGUGUGUGAGGUUCGUCCGCGAUGUGGCAUAUUCCACACUUUGUCCUUUUUAAUGGCAGAAGACUACUGCACUGUAUGCCUACACCGAAUGUCAUUUAUCCACUUGUUGGUGGACUAGUAUUUGAAUUGUUUCCCCUCUUGGGCUCUUGUGAAUGAUGACACCAUGCCCAUUCAUGUACACAUGUUUCUGUGAACAGACAUUUUUAUUUCUCUGACAUAUGAGGCCUGUCCAGAAAGUAUCCAUCCGUGUGGCAUGGAAAAUAGAGACAUUUAUUGAAGAAGAUACAAGAAACAUUGUACAUAGGACAAGGAUGCCUCAGUCCCCUUGAAAGCAGGCGCCUUGGGACCUAACACAGUUUUUCUGAUCGCCAUCAGCUGCCCCAUUGAAUUUUCUUGAAUCUCAUUGAUGGUCUGAACUCUCUUCCCUCGCUAAGGUGCUUUUGGUUUUGGGAAAAGCCAGAAGUCACAGGGCUCAAAGUCUGUUCUGAAGGGAGGGCUGAGUCACCUGGGUGACUGGAUGUUUCACAAAAAACCUGCACAAGAUAGUGAUGUAUGAGCAGGUGCGUUGUGAUGGAACCGCCAAUUACCGGUUGCCCAUAGCUACGGCCUUCUGAAUCAUGCAAAUAAUUUCCACAGAGGGACGUUCAAGCUUAAUGCAAAAUUUGAUAGAGAUUCGUUGCUGUACUUGCUCGGUCAUUUUGAAUGUGACGGUAUGUGACGGUCACACAGUACGUACACAUGCUCACUCAAUGGGAGUGUACCGCCCCCACUGUCUAGUACAGUGAAGUUGUCAUUGCUCACACAUGCGCAUUCCAGUCCACUCUCCUUGGCUGCCAGGUUACAUUGGUGUCUCCAACCAUUCUCAUUGUAUUAAUGAUGGUUUGACUUUUUCCAGACCUCGUACAUUUUCAUUUCUGUUGCAAAAGUAGGUU